GCGGCCGGCAAGUUUGGCGAAGAUUCUUGGCGAAAAGCAUUAUCUUCUGUUGCGACUUUAUUUAACAUUGAAAGUUUGUAUCCAGAACAAGAGGAAGCAAUAAAAGCAUUUUUUGAAAGAGAUUUGAAUCUUUUUGUUAGCUUGCCGACUGGAGCAGGGAAAUCUCUAAUAUUUCAGAGUUUGACGGUCGUGUUUGACUCGUUGUUUGGUAACCCUCGAGGAACAAGCGUUCUUGUUGUCAUAUCACCACUUAAAGCGUUGAUGAAAGACCAAGUGGAAUAUUUGCAGAAUCUUGGUAUACCAUCUGUGGCUGUCGUUGACGAGUUAUGUUCUGACCCAGACACCAUUCAGCUAGUUAAAAAUGGUGUUUAUACAGUCGUUUAUGGUUCCCCAGAAUGCUUCCUGUCAUCAGAGACGUGGAGAGAUAUAUUUUCAGACACGGAGUUCACGUCGAAAGUUGUGGGAGUAGCUAUUGAUGAAGCUCAUUGUAUUGUUCAGUGGGGCUUGUCUGCAGGAAACAAAAAAAUCCCCUUCAGAAAAUGGUUUGGGUGUCUUGGAGAACUCCGAGCCUUAGUUCCAAAGAACACCAAGCUUGUAAUUGUAACUGCUACAGCAACAAAAGCCACCAAAGCUCAAAUACUGGAAAGUCUUGACAUUAAUGUGGAUCAACUGUAUACUGUUGAGCAGAACCCAAAUAGAAUGAAUUUAAUGUAUAUGCUCUCCUACAUGGAUAAGGAAAGUGGUCUUGAGGAUGUCUUCAGGAAACUAAUAACUGAACUUCAAAGACUUCAGUGCCAAACUGAAAGAACAAUAAUUUAUUGUAUGACAAGGAAACAAUGUUCAGUAUUGUUCCGCAUGUUUGAAAUCAAUCUUGGUGCUAACAUGUACAAUGGUUCAUGUUUACCUCAGAAUCGGCUUGUGGAGAUGUUCCAUGCUGGCACACCACAGUCUGUGAAAGACCAUGUUUUAGCAAAUAUGACAGCUAUUGACAGUCACUUGCGUGUUUUAAUAGCUACAAUUGCUUUUGGCAUGGGAGUGAAUUGUAAAGAAAUCAGACGUGUAAUCCAUUUUGGGCCAUCAAAAAACUUAGAACAGUAUGUUCAAGAGUCUGGAAGAGCUGGGAGGGAUGGGAAGAGCAGUACAUGUACCAUUCUCUAUAAUGGGUUGCUUGCAGCAUACUGUGAAUGUGACAUGAAGGAAUUCUUGCAGUCAGAUACCUGCCGACGGCAAGAGUUAAUGAGGAAGUUUAGCACACAUGCUUGCACUGAAGUAAGCCCUGCUCACAAUUGCUGUGAUGUAUGUGCUGCUAAUUGCUAUUGUAAUGGUCUGGACUGUGGGCUGAGUUGGUGUUUGGUUUCUAAGGACGCUGAUUUAGAAGAUGAUGAUGAUUUGUGUAUCCCAACUAAUAGUAGUUUGCGCACUCGAAGUGUCUCUGAUGAACAUAAGGAAGACCUGGCACAGAAAUUGUUGCAAUUUCAAAAACUAUUGACCAACAGAUUGGAUGCAACAAAGUACGUUUCAUGUCCUAAUGUUUUAAUGGAAUUCAACAAAUUCCAUAUUAAGCAAGUUUUAGACAACUGCCAUCUACUAUUUAGCUUGACCGAUGUUCAUGAACGGAUUGAAAUUUGGCGGAAUCAGUAUGCUUGUGUUAUACUUAAAGUAAUUGCAGAGGUUUUUGAUGAUAUUGAGUAUGACAUCCCAGGUGAUUUAAGUGCUGGAAACACUUCUGUUUUUGAUGAAUCAAUUAAUUCUGCAUGGAAUGAACUCAGGAACGACUCUUCAUUUAACCACAUGUUUGAUAGUGUUGAUAACACAAUUGCAGACACGACACUUGGUGACACUGAGAUGUCUGAGAUGGACUCAAACUAUUCUGGUAACAGCGGCUUGUUUCAGAACUUACUUAACUAAUUUAGAGUUGUAUUUAGAAUGAUAAACCCUCAAAUGAGAGCGUAUGCCUCACUAAAAUAUAGUAAAUUGUUCCAAUGUUAAAAUCAUUGGAUUUCAGCAGUGGUAGCCAGACAAUUUGGUCAUGCUAUGCAAACAUUCUCGUGUUCAAAUACGUUUUAGACGUUUCUAAAGAGAUAAUAAUGAUUUGAAAUUUGCAUAGCAUAAUCAGGUUGUCAGGCCACCUUGCUACUGGACUCUUAGUGUAAUCAAGUGUGCAUGUAAACUAGGCUUAGAAUAUGUACAGUGCAUGGAAUAUAACAUAGAACCAAACUACAGUUUUAACCACAGCUAUCUAGCUCUUCUAUGUAAAACAAGGUUUUUCUUGUGUUCAUUAAUCCAGCUAAAUAGCUUUUGCAAGUCUAAACCAUGCAAUAAACUUUG